GAAGAAACUGAAGGCGAAAUCUGUGGGCGAAACUACGACGACAAUAGAAGCUUUGUAGCUUCUGUGUCACAGAGCCAACAAAGAUGACUACCGCGGCAAGACCAACAUUCGAGCCAGCGAGAGGAGGGAGGGGUAAAGGAGAGGGGGACUUAAGUGCACUGUCCAAACAGUAUUCAAGUCGUGAUCUUCCGGGUCAUACUAAGAUUAAGUACAGGCAACCUACCCAGGAUGCCCCAGAGGAGGUACGUGCCCGUGACUUCCGCAGAGAGUUGGAGGAGAGGGAGCGUGUGGUUGCACGUGAAAAGACCAGAGAGAGGGGUCCAAGAGAGCACACCACAUCGUCAUCGUCUUCAUCAUCUUCCAAGAAACCCAGACUGGAUCAGAUCCCUGCAGCCAAUCUUGAUGCAGAUGACCCCCUGACCGAUGAGGAUGAAGACGAGGACUCCGAGGAGGACAGCGACGACGACGAUACUGCAGCUCUUCAGGCAGAGCUGGAGAAGAUCAAGAAGGAGCGUGCUGAAGAGCAAGAACGCAAAGAACGGGAGCAAAAGGCAGAGGAGGAGAGGAUUCGCAUGGAGAAUAUUUUGAGUGGAAAUCCACUGCUGAAUUUGGCAGGACAGCAGCAGCAGCAGCAGCAGACCAACCAGAAUCAGAACACAUUCAAGGUCAAGAGGCGGUGGGAUGACGAUGUCGUGUUCAAGAACUGUGCCAAGGGAGUAGAUGAAGCACGGAAGGAGAAACGUUUCAUUAACGACACCUUGCGCUCAGAGUUCCACAAGAAAUUCAUGGAGAAAUAUGUGAAAUAAUGGACUUUUUUUUUUUUAGGUUUAUUUUGAAUUACAUUUUACUGAACUCCAUCUGGCCUCCUUCUGUUUCAAUAACAUGUUUGUAUUCAGAUACAUGUAGAACUAUUAAUGCACACAGUUACAUUACUAUUUGAAAAGGUAGUGUGAAACAUUGUAUAUAAAUUGAUUCCACUUUAUGAUUAAAGUUGGUAAAAG